AAUGUAAUCGAACCUUCAUAAAACAACAAGGAUUAAUACAACAUAUUCAAAAUCGUCAUCCAUUUAUUGAAACUGAACAAAAAACACAAAAUAACGUUAACGAUGAUGAUCUUUUCCAAGAUGAACAGUUAUUUAAAGAUUUAUUUCAAACCAG